CUCUGAUAGCGUUUGUUCCAGAGAUAUCAGCGUCUUGCAUGUGCUAUCGUAUUAACUGUGAGGGACGUAAAUUGUAAUUUAAUUAAUUGAUAACAAAUCGUAACUAAUUGCGUGAUGAAUAUUCAGUGGUCAUAGACAUUCAUGAAGACAUGUUAACAUCGUACUGAAAAUAAGCGAUAUAUUUAACUUGCCGUCGAAAAACGUAAGCAAGUCCAUGUACGUGUGUGACGCAAAGCAGAUUAUGUUCGUGCUAGUGAAACAAGUAUAUAUAUAUAUCUGAUGCAAGAAGAAAUAUAUUUGUGCUAGUGAAGCAAGUAUAUAUGUGAUUCAAGAAGAAAUAUAUUCAUACUAAUGAAUCAAAUAUUUAUGUGAUUUAAGAAGAAAUAUAGUUGUGCCAGUGAAGAAAUUAUAUAUAUGUGAUUCAAGAAUAUAUUCGUGCUAGUGAAGCAAGUAUAUAUGUGAUUCAAGAAUAUAUUCAUGCCAGUGAAGCAAGUAUAUAUGUGAUUCAAGAAGAUAUAUAUUCGUGCGAGUGAAGCAAGUAUAUAUCCAACGCUCGGAAAGUAACCAACCAGCAAACAUGUUAGAUGGUUGCGUGUGGUGGUGUGGUGUGUGUGGGAGUGUGUGUGUGCGCAUAUGUGUGUGUGUGUACCGGUAUUCAGUAGCAGGAUGACUUCUUGAGCUACUACUAACACCACCACUGCCACCACCUCCGCCACCACCAUCACCACCACUACCACCACCAUGAGCGCACAGAAGAUCAAGAGCAUGGUGCUCCGUAAGAAACUCGGAGACACGGGAUCUGGUCGUUUUCUGUUCCACAAGAGCUCUCGGCCGGCAGGGCUGACCUCUCUACCGCACCCUAGCACCACCACCCACGACACCACCCACGACACCACCCACGACACCACCCACGACACCACCCACGACAACAGCUGUACCGGCAGCAAGGCCGACGAGCAGCACAAGUUCCAGCUUCAGAACGACCUCAUCUCGGGCCUGCCCAAGAAUGACGGCGCCUGGGGUAAGCCCCAACAGAACCUGGACAUCAUCUCCAAUUGUCCUCCCGGUCAAAUGGACGACUUCGAUGGCAUUGAUCGCAUCAUCGAAGUCAGGAGAUACUCUUCAGAGGAAGAUAAUGAAGGUGCUCAAAUCUCGAACUUCAGUUAG